UGUAAUCGAACGAAACGGAACGAAGCCGCGGACGGAUCACCAGAAAUGGCAGACAAACGGCCGGAGACCGGCCAGGGAAUAGACGCGUUGAUUGACAAGCUGAAAGCCCAGCUUCCGCGCUACCAGGAGGCAUCCGUUAAGCAGUACCGCGACUUUAUCGAGAAGAACGUCGGCCUGUUUGAUGUUCCGGAACGGGGCAAGUGCAACCGUAAGGCUGCCCAGCUGCGUCAGGUUGGGAAUCGGCUGUACCUGGAAGAGAAGUACAACGACGCGCUGGAAAAGUUCAACGAGAGCAUUUGCUUUGCGGAAAACGACUCCGAUCAAUUGGGAAUGGGUUACGCCAACAGGUCCGCCGUCUACUUUGAGAAGGGUGAGUACGAGUUUGCGCUGGCCAACAUUGAACUGGCCAAGAAACACAACUACCCGGAUAAGCUGAUGCCGAAAUUGUUGGCCAGGGAGCGCAACUGUCAUGACCGGCUCCAGCACGGCCAAUCGCACGGGACGGUUCCCUUUCCCCCGAUGGACAUCAACGUGGACGUAAACCCGAAGAUUCCCUUCGUGGCCGAUGGAAUUUCGAUGAAGAUUUACAAGGAGUUUGGGCGAGGAUUGGUCGCCGAGGAGGACUUUCGCGCCGGGUCCGUCAUUCUGGACGAAACCGCGCUGGUCACGAACAGCCUGAGCUACCGGUACACCAACUGUAGCUUUUGCGCUGCAGACUUUAGCUACAGCCUGAUUCCUUGUCCGGGUUGCGUUUCGUACAUGUACUGCAGCGAGCGAUGUCUGCAGAAGGACAAACGGUUCUCGCACCGUUUCGAGUGUGGAAUCGCGGAAAAACUUCUAAACGCCACGUACGUCUCGGCCAUCGUUGGACCGAAGCUCUUCUUCCUCGGGUUGACCUUAUUCGGUGACGACCUGGAAGCCAUGAUGGAAUUCUGUAACGGAGAAUCCGCUAAGGGAGUUGGCGAUCCGUUCGAGUUGGAUUUCAACGUGGCAAGUGAGCUCGACCAGUUCAAGGUCCUGCAUAAAGCGGGCGUCUACAACAUCACCGUGAUCGACUUCUACCGCCGCAUCGGUGCAGCCGUCAAUUACGUUGUCUUCAUGAAGUACUCUCCGCUGAAAGACUUGGUCAAGACCAAAGCUCAGCGCAACUUUGUGCUGCACUGCCUGCUCGAAUACACUCGAAAGGGAGGCGCCCUUCUGCUCAACACCCCAACCGGCAGCAGCACCGUAUCGCUGUUCGGUUCGAUCUGCAACCAUUCGUGCGACCCCAACGCCGUGUUCUCCAUCCAAUCCGGUCACAUCAAGCUAGCCCUGCUGCGUCCCGUCCGCAAAGGGGAGCAAAUCGUGGUCACGUACGGACCCAGCUGGUGGCAGCCCGACCCAAACUACCAGUCGUCCUACACGUGCAAGUGCGUGGUCUGCGUCGGCAGGAAGUGGGUCGUCAAGAGGUACUCGCUUCCACCAGGGGCAACGCGUCAGGGAGAAAAGCUGCAAAAUGCGCUGCUCAGUCGAGGCCCCAGCAACCCGGAAAAACUGAUUCUGCUGCAGCAGUACAUCGAACGGUACGCUCCGUAUCAUCCGGAUGUUCAGCUGGUUGACGGGCUGAAGUCCUUCCACUUUCUGCUGUACAUGCUGAUGCAAUUUCACCAGCAGAGACUUGAUCGUGCCAAGGCGGGGGCUGGCUCGUGCCCGUGCUGUGAGUGCCGCAGAUUGAAGUAGCAUAAUCUGGAGCCUUGCAUAACCCUAAACGACGGAAAUCUUUGCUAAAAUGAAGCAUUGAAUUAACAUCAACAAUCUACAUAACCAACUGAUUUAAGAACUUGUAUUCGAAUUACUUUGCUGACAUAUCAAUAAAUUAAUUGGA